AUGAGCUCAUUCCUUCCCCCAAAACCGGACCAUAAUUCAGAUGUAGUUUUUUCUAACAGACUUCAGAAGCGGCAUAGAAAUCGAUUGUCCUCAUAUUUGAUCGUGAGCUUUAUCCUUUGCUUUGCAAUUUUGGGCUUUCUUAUUUACAAUAUUAGCGACUUCAAUUUAUCUCGUCUAUUGAGCGAUGAUGAUGACGAUAUUUUAAAGCUAAAAAAUAUCAUUUCUCAAGACGUCGUUUCAUUAAAUGAGGAGGCAACGCCUGCUGAGAGCCAAAACUUUAAACAUAAAAGCAAAUGGAAAAGCUGGAAUCAAACUGUUGUUAUGAUUUCCCUGGACGGAUUCCGCUCAGAGUAUCUUACCAGGCACUGCGUUCCGGCGCUUAAAAAGCUUGCAAAAGACGGCAUCAGUUCAGAUAUGCAUCCGAUCUUUCCUAGCUUGACAUUCCCAAACCAUUUUUCUAUGGUGACUGGCGUAUAUCCAGAUAUCCACGGGAUUAUCAACAAUGAAUUUUACGAUCCAAAUUUAAAAGAUCAUUUUAUGAUUAGGAACCCAACGAUGAAAGAUCCGAAAUGGUGGAAAUCAAAUCCGGUAUCCUUUUGUUCCUUAUUUUUAGAUUUGGAACAUAGCCCAGGAGCAAGGAUCAACGAUGCCCUGACAGAUGUUGAUAAUGCUAUUGCCUUUUUGAUUGAAGAGUUGAAAACAAGGAAUAUUUUUGAAGAAAUCAACCUGAUCGUCGUUAGCGACCAUGGGAUGACACAUGUUCCCUCAAAAAAUAUCGUUUAUGCAGAAGAUAUUUUCCCUCUGAAUUUAACCUUUUCGGUCUCCUAUAACACCAUUUCCUUUAUAAGGCCGCUGGCAGACGAUUGUAUUCAAGUAUUUCCUAACCCUGUAGAUGGAAAGGAGAUCCAUAGUAAAUUAUCAGAAUACUCCCGCAAACAUGGGAAAUUUAAGGUGUAUUUAAAGUCGGAACUUCCCUCCGAAUGGAAUUAUGGUAAUAAUGACAGGAUAGCGCCCAUCAUUGUCGUAUGCGAACCAGCAUAUUACUUUUCGAGUCGGACUGUUUCCCCUCCACCACUUGGUGCACAUGGGUAUCCUCUUCCUAAUGCGGAAAUGGAAGCCAUUUUUCUAGCGCACGGAGGUAGAAUAAGGAAAACCGGUCAACUUCAAGCGCCUUAUUCAAAGUUUGCUCCAUUUUCGUGUAUAGAUCUUUUUCCGUUUGUCGCCAAAUUACUUGAGAUAAGCACCCCCUCAAGCAACGCAACAAAUUACCUCGUUGACAGUUUAGUUUUGCCUCUCAAGUAA